AUGGCUCCUUCUGCAGCGACUGGAGCCGAUAUUGACUCUGAGCUAUUUGCAAAUGUCAACAACAACACCCAUCAACUGUGGUGGAAGGACCCCGGCCUCAGAAGGCUCAAUAUAGUUCUUCUAUCCACCUUUCUUGGACCCAUAGCCAACGGCUAUGAUAUCUCGCUCAUAUCCGGGCUUAAUGCUAUUCCGCAAUGGUUCGAGGACUUAAGUGGACUCGAAGACGCGAGCACGUCGGGACUCCUAAUAGCGGUGGCUGACCGACUGGGCCGCCGAUGGGGAAUCAUUAUCGGAGGCAUUAGCACAAUUGCACCCGUCAUAGGCCAGUCUUUCUGCAAGACAGCGGUCUAUCAUGCUCCUAUUGAAGAUCGCACAUCCGCAGUCGCCGGAGUCCUCUUCAAUACAUUUUUCUUCGUUGGCUCCAUCACGGAUGCGUGGGCUUCUUUUGGAAGCCACUAUCUCAACACUCGUCUUCGUCAUAUUUAUUCCGGAGUCUCCGCGCUGCCCAUAAACAACAAUCGGCCUGGAGAAGCGAGGAAGAUCCCGGCGAGGUUUCACGCCAACGGCAAUGAGACUGACGAGCUUGUUGUGAUUGAAUUCUCAGAGAUCUGCGCUUCCACCGAAAUCUCGCGAAACACAAAGGUCAGCUGGGCCUCAUUGUUUGCCACCCCUGGUAAUCGGAGGCGCGUCUCUGAAGAUCUGCCUGGGCUGGGCCUGGGCCUCGCGACCCAGUGGGUCGGCAACAGCAAUAUAAGCUACUACUUCGUCCCUGUACUGGAAACAGUCGGGAUCUCCGAUCCAACCAAGCAACAGGGAGUCAACGGCGGUCUGCAGGUAUAUAGCUGGAUACUUGCAAUCUGUGGCGCUCCACUCGCUGAGCGUUGCGGACGUCGAAGACUCUUCCUGGUGUCCGCCUGCACCAUGCUGUUAUUUAUGAUUCUUGUCCUGGCAUGGUCGGCCGUCUUCGCCAACACGGGGAACCCCGCGUCCGGCGCUGCAGUCAUUGUAUUCCUCUUCCUGUUUCUGGGUUGGAUACGUUAUAGGAUUUACACCGAUUCCAAUCCUCUACGUCAACGAAAUAUGGCCCACUGA